GGAGAGGGUUUCUGUGUUAAUGGGACUAAAAUUUGCAUUUGGAUUCAUUUUGUGCAAGAAUGUGGCACUAUGCAGCUGUACGAGAGUCACACUCUUUGUGUUUUAGUCUGUAGCUCAUUCGUGGCAUUCAUUGUUUAUCUGUCAAACUAUGACCUCACCAUUUUUCUGCAGAACUGAAUGGGGACAAAUAAGGAAGCAACUUGCCAGCGAUGGCCUUUGCGUGGGUUUGGGGUAAUAAGUAUUUCCUACUAAAUCAAAAAGAAAGCGAUGUGGUUGCACCUGUUGCCUUCAGAGAGAAAGGCUGCCUCGCAACAGUUACAAGGUAAAAUGUUGCCUGUUAACCCAUCCGUCAGGCUGAACCAGUCUGAAAGGAUAACUAUGAGGUGAACGUCAGAUACCUGGAAAUAUUGUUCAAACCUCACACACCUCUAGGAGAGGUGGAGGGAGAAACCAGCAGAAACCAAACAUCCAAUGCAGUAUUGUCUAAAAAAAAUGUCUAGUAAAAUUAUUUAGACAUUUUUGUGACACUAUAGCCACAACCCUAAUAGUGCUUUAAAGGAUUUUGAGUGAGAAAUCAACACAAAGUGCAUCAAUGAAACGAAAGGAAAAUUACACGUCAUGCAUUUGUAUUAAGCUUCCGUCUUUCACUGUAAUUACAUUUGCAAGUCUGUACAUCUCUACCAGCUUUGCACAACAUGGGACUGAAUCUUUUGCUUAAUCUUCUUUUCAAAACAGAUCAAGCUCGGUCAGAUUUGAGGGAGCGCCUCUUUGAACAUCCAGUUUUAAGUGAUUGAUUUACGUCUGGGCUUUGAGUCAAUCUAAUACUUUUUAUUAGUUCUCUGGUCAUGUGUUUACUGGUGACCUCUUAAUGGAGGUCAACCUCUUCCCAGCGCAGUCUUGUGCAGCACCAGUUUAAUGACCUGCAUUAAACUCAAUCCGUUUUACCAUCAGUGCUGACCAGAUUGUCUGUCACUAUUGUUUGCUGUAUUUCCUAUAUGGCUCCAGGGAACCCUCUACAUGGGACAUCUCAUAACUUGUAGAGUGCAGGACAAACCCCUUUCGGACAAGAGUUGAAAAUUUGCAUCGAACUGGUUGUGACUCAAGGUGGAAGAUGUAAAUCACAGACGCUAACUCAGAACCUUAUGUUUCCUUUUCCGAGGAUCCCAAUAGGAGUUUUGUCACCACCUAGUGGCUGGAAUGUGAACUAGUUAACAGUUGAGCAUUUUUUUUUUCCUUGAUGAAUAAAGGUGAUACCUGUACCUGGGAGUGUGAAGCAAAGAGAUUAUUCAAAAAUAAUUUCUAAUCGUUUUUUUAAUUGCAAUGGAAUAGCAGCCUCUGCGAUUGUGCAGGAAAGGGACUUUUUUGAAGAAGGUCGUGGGUUUGAAUCCGUACCUGGGGUCUUUCUACAUGGAGUUUGCAUGUUCUCCCCCUGCUUAUGUGACAUACUCCACAGGUCCAAAACACAUUAAUAAAUCACUCUAAAUUGCCUUAAGAAAGGACUGUGUAUGGCUGCUUGUUCUGUGUGUCUCUAUCUUGUUCUCUACUGGCUGUGCAGAGUGUCCUGGGUGCAAGAAUGACCCCUAAAAAGAUAGUCCAGCCCUCCAUGCAGCCCUGCACCGCUAGACAUGAAUACACACUUUGAAUGGAUGAAUGUUUACAGUAUGUGCCUAAUGUGAUUAAUUCGCAUCAUACCUAAUGAUGCGAAUUGGGUGCAUCAUUCUGUAGGUGCGUCAUUCAAAUGAACAAUAAAUAUCUAUUGUUAAUCUAAAUUGAUAUUAAGUCAGGCACUAAGGAGCAAAUGAUUAUCAUCUCAACAGAUUCUCCCACCUGUGAAUCUCAAUCCGUCUGUCGGUUUGGGUGUAAAUCUGAAUAUCAGUCUGAAAAAAGUUAAAUACAAAAGGAAUUCCAAACUUUUCAGAAUCUUAAGUGCAAGAAAAUGCAUAUUAAAAACCUUCUUCCAAUUCACAAUGAUGUGCCCAUUUGUGUUGAUCUUUUCCAUAAACACCCCAUGAACUCCAUUGAAGAGUUGUGCAAAAUGUGAAAAAGUCAGAAUGACAUGAAACGUAUUUGCAUUGCUGUGGAGACUGAAGGGAUUGGGCGACAACAGGGUGUCUCACACUGCGAAGCCAUGUGUCAGCUGCACUGAAUGUCUGGAAUCUGAGAACAAUGUCAGCAGGAAGGAGUGGAGGAGUUUCAGGAGUGCGAUCAAACUCACCCAAGGGGAGGGACUGGUGACGAAACACAAGCUCACCGGCAGCACUUCAGGUCUUACACACAGAGCAGCACAGCAGUUUAUGGAGACGGAGCUGCUGGAGAUUGUAAAAUGUGGUUAAUGUUUUUCCUUCAUCUGAAGAGGAACCGUGGAGACUGAGAUAUCUGACGCCCUCUGGACAGAUUGUAAAAUUCCCCUAAGUGAAGACAUCAAUAUGGAUGACUGACCCUGGACAUUUAUUGACAGCCUGGAUGUAGCAUGACCUUUUGCGAACAGGAAGACCAGAUUUUCUCUACAGGAUGGGAAUGAUUUGAAGGGACAGUGAAGGCAUCAUCUGGAAUCAUGUCGAACUCCCAGGAGCAGAGUCUGAAUGAGAAUGUGGUUUUCCUGCCGGUGGACGAGUCCUCGCCUCAGUUCCUCCACUCUGAGCGAGAGCGCGAAGCCGUGGAGAGGCUCCUCGACAGCGGACCCGAGGCCUUCUACGGCUCCAUCGGCCCGGAGCUUUCAAGCUACUUCUUAUCUCCUGAAGAGGUGAGUCGGAUAAGCAGCUGGGCUCAGAACUAUCACUUCCACGAGCCGCUGCUGGGAGACCAGAACGGAGUCGAUAGGAGCGUUGACUCGGAGAAGAUCUGCUCCACCUACAACCCCUACCAAUGGGACGUCCCGGUCCCCAACCUGGAGCUAGGCUGGCCUGAGAUACCCGCCGGGGGUCCGAAGAACAGCGUCACGGUCCACUCCAGCCAUCCUGCUGAGGGAGACCUGCAAAUCAGAGAGGUCAUCAGGCGACACUUACAAGCAGCCAAAACGGUAAUCGCCGUGGUGACGGACCAGCUGACAGACAACGCGAUAAUCUUUGACUUGCACACGGCCGCCUCCCGAGGUGUGCCCGUCUACAUCAUCCUGAACCAAAGGUCUCUGCAGCAGAACUUCACCCUGAAUAGGCUCAGGCAUCCCUACAUGCGGGUUCGGGUUCUUGGAGGGAAAACGUUUUGCUCCAGGACUGGGAAGAUGGUGGUUGGCGAAAUUAAAGACAAUUUCAUCCUAGUGGAUUUAGAGGUAGCGAUUCAUGGCAACUACAGCCUCACCUGGACAGGCGCUCAUCUUCACCGGCAGCUCGUCACAGUCCUGAGGGGACCGGUUAUCGACUCGUUUGACCGAGAGUUCAGGAUCCUUUUUGCCGACUCGGUCCCGGUUCCCGACACUUGGGGAGUCACAGCCGGCCCCCAAGUUUACAACCACUACCAGACCAAAGACUUCUCACACCUCCGGCUCUUAAAGCAGCUCUCUGCUGAGUCCGAGAUCACAAACCCUCCUUCUCCGCCCGCUGACGUCUUUCUGGACUGGGAGGCGAUGGGCGUUCUGCAGAGAGACAGCAGCCGGCCUGCGUCUCUUCUGGGUCUACAUGAGGAAAACAUAGUUGAGAAAACGUCACAGCUGGACAUAAAUAAGGACGGCCCCACUGAGGAAAGAUUAACCCACAAUGAGCACCUGGUGUGGCGCAGGAGAAGGAUGAAUGAAAAUACAUCCCCGCUCACAACCGGAGUGACAGAUAACUCAAAAACUAUCAACAGCAAUGCAGAAGUACUGUCAACAAACUCACUGGCUACUGAGGGAAUAAAAAGGCCUGAGUUUCUAAUGGAGAGGAGCGUCACCAGGGAGCUUUCUGCAGAGAAACAGCCAAAUAAACCUGAGCGGACUGUAACUAGAAUCGAUGUUCCUCCAGAAACAACAAAUAAGUUUCAAUACAAGAGACGAUCAGUUGCUCUGAUGGAGAGUUUUGAAGAAGAGGAUAGCAAAACAGACGAUGUCAGUUCGAGAGAGCACAGCUCGACUUCCAGGGAGAAAAAACCUUUAAUCCUGAAGGUGCCGCACCGGGGCAACUUCAGCUCUGUGAGCGACAUCAUGAAGAGGCUGAAGCAGGGAACGCCGGCGAUGCUGAGGAAAGGAAUGAACUCCACCAUGUCAGACCGGACCCAGUCCAUGAUGGACCUGAGCGAGAACAAUCACAGCGACAGGGAGGCCCCAGUGCCUCGCUUCCUGAGCAACCUCAACUCGGAUCUAAUGACGCCUGCAUUAGCGCUGAUGCAGAGGAGGAACGAUGGAGUAAAAACCGCCCUAAAUCGACCUCCAGCAAAUUUUAUGCCCACUGAGCGACCGCGCAGCUCCACCUUAAACUCCACCUUAAGCUCAGACUUUUACCUGAGAAAGCUGAAGUCAGACAAAGAAAAACCUGCAGUAUGAUGAAGGACAAGCAGAGACUUUACAGUGUUAUUAGCUCCUGAAGCCGUGACACACAGAAGGCUUCAUUGUGCAAAAUAAACACCCAGACGCUUUAUUUGCUUGAAUGUUACUAAAGAUAAAUAAAAUAUUAAUGCUGCUCAGGA